AUGAGCAAGUCGGCAUAUUUUCGUACUUCGAUUCCUCAGAUACCAGACUUGAUCUUACCUGAUACUUUGAAUCUUUCACCUAGUGCAGCCAGAUACUCACUUUCGGCACCGACCUCAGCGGUAUUGAAUACUCACUCAAGACCCAGUAUACAUCCACAGAGAGACAGUCUGAGACCGCCUCUAAGGCCUAAAUCAGCAUCUUCUCGCUCAUCAUUGACGCUGACCAUAAAAACCAGUAGAUCAUAUCCUAACGAUGGAAGUGAAGGCUUCACCUUUGCCGACAACGACAAUGACGUCGAUUUCUCUAUUCCCGCUGUACAUAACUCCUUUAAUGCAAAAAGGGGUGAUAGUGGCCAAGAAGGAGAUUUCCAUCUACUAAAUGAGGAAGACGUUUAUCAUUUGCAGACAGUAUCUCGAUUAGAAGGUAAAGGUAAAUCUGAAUCGGGUGAACCUCAAUAUGAUUUAACGGGACAGUCAAAAAGUGUUCAGUUUGAUCGAAGAAAGGAACAAUUCCCACAAAUACCCAAAACACCACGUACACCAGCACAAUUCAUUCAGGAUAGAUUAUCUUCAUUACCGAAUGUUAUACCUACUCAUCGCCAUCUGCCCACCCCGAUCAUGCCGGUCAUUCACCUGAUGUUGAUCACGGCUCAUUUAAUUCUGAAUGCCAUGAUACCUUAUUUGUUGGUGCAGAACUUCAUACAACCAUUAGUCCUCUGGAUCAUUACCGUAGUUACAGCUUUGCUCGAAAGUGUUUAUCUCUUACCGGGUAUAUUCCUAGAAGUUAUCGGAUUGUUCCGUCGAAAACCGAUCGAUUCAGCGUGGCUUCAAACGGGUGUUCAUUUAGUUAUUAUGGUACUCUCAGUAGCACCUCAUGCAGCUACUGUUUUCCUACUCAUUGUAGCGAAUCAAGUACCCGCAUGUCCGUCAGCAUUGAUAUACAAAGAGCCUGGAGUACCGAAUUUUGAAUCUCAUUUACGUUGGUCAGCAUGUGAAGCUUUGCCUAAAGUGACAAUGAUAUCGAUGGUCAAUCUCGUCGUGGUUGGUUGUGAGAUCGUAGUAAGUAGUGUAGCUAUUGCAAUGGAUUAUAGAAUUCAGAAGAAAGAAGAUAGGCGACGGUCGAAGAUCACUGAUGAGCUUGAGGAUAGCGAGAAGGAGAAAAGGAGGAAGCGAAGGAGAACAUGGUGGAGGGAGAAGGAACAGAAGACGAAGAAGAAAGCAAGGAGGAGAUGGACUGUUGGCGUAGGUAAAUUACUGUGGGGCAUUGAAGGUCAUAUUCACAGAGCUAAGGAUAGGAAAGCGGAACAAAAAGCGCUAUAA